UCAACGCUUGUGAUUCAAUUCAUGAUAAACUAAAUAAUUCAAGUGAAGCAUACAUCAACGUGGACUUAAACAAGGUGUUAUUCUCAGCAUCAAUGAUACGUCCUUUUCAACCUGUAUUAUCAAAAGUUGAUACAAAAAUAAAAUAUUUGUGUUUACCUACUUUCUAAGUGAUAUAUCGAUUUUCACAAAUACAAUGGAUAACAUAAAGUCUUCAAAAUCAAAGUAUAAUGUGGAGAAUGUUUUAUCAGAAGAAAAAGGUAAACACACAGGAGUUUCAACAAUAGUUGACGCACAGAAUCUGGAUGUCAAGUGCGGCUUCGGACGAUGUAGACCAGGAUUCCUGCAAUAUUUUAACAACGCCAAGAUCAUGCUGACUGUUAUGUGCUUCGUCGUAUUCACACAAGGUUUUGUUGUCAACGGCGUAAUGAAUGUGAUUGUAUCUACACUAGAAAGACGUUUCCAGCUACAAAGUACCCAGGUGGCAUACACGCUGUCGGCAUAUGAUUUCACCGCGGCAAUAGUUGGGUUAUUUGUUAGUUAUUUCGGAAGUGGACGUUACAAACCAAGGCUGCUAACAAUGGGCACUGUCUUUCUCCUGUUGGGAUCAGUUGUGCUCGCCAUUCCACACUUCACAACCGGACGUUACGAAUGGGGAGAGAGCGAUACUUCCAUUUGUCAAACAGGUACCAAUGAAACUUCCACGGCAUUAUGCGAACCGUCAGGCUUACAACGUUACUUGGGCGUGUUUGUUCUCAGUAACGUGUUGUUUGGUAUAGGCGGCGCUACCUUAUAUUCUGUGGGGACCGCCUAUAUUGAUGACGGUGUAUCGUCGGUGUCAUCGCCAUUUUAUAUGGGCAUGUAUUUUGGGUUUGCGGCGUUUGGACCUGGAAUAGGCUUUGUAAUAGGGGGACUUUUUCUCAGUUCGUAUGUAGACGUUGAUGUCGUUGACCCUGAAAAGAUAACGCUUUCUCCGUUGGAUUCGCGCUGGGUGGGGGCCUGGUGGAUUGGCCCUCUUCUGUCGGCGGGAAUGCUGUUUGUCGGUGCUUUAGCCAUAUCAUGUUUCGGGGCGGAACUUCCAUCUGCUAAAUCAGUACGUGAAAACCGUGAAAAUCAACUACAUAAAGGAACUCUUGACGCAUUUGAAAUCACUGAGCCUCAAAGACCACCGCUCAAAGCAUUACCAAAGAUUUACCUCGGAUUGUUCAAGAACCCGCCAUUUUUGUUUACGACAUUAGCAGGAAUUACGGAAGGAUUUGUUCUGGGUGGAGUGGGGUCUUUUGGUGCAAAGUUCUUGCAAACGAUGUUUCGGGUAUCGUCUUCAAGAGCAGGAAUUAUGUUUGGAGCAAUAGCUGUUGUUGGCCUCGCCGGUGGUAUAUCAUUUGGCGGUUUUAUUUGCCGAUGUCUCCGCCUACGUGUUGCAGGAAUGUUACGUACUUCACUCAUAGUUUGCUUCUUAGGAAUUCUGUGCUCUGGUGUUUUCUGGAUGUCUUGUGGACAAACAAAUCUCGCCGGCCUACAUUCGAGUUAUCUGGACAAUGCUGAGCCGUUUGGCGCCUUACAAAGUUCAUGUAAUGCCGACUGUUCCUGCACAACGGCCAAGUUUGAAGUUUUAUGUUAUGAUUUUAAUGUCCAAUAUAUUUCUCCUUGCUUUGCUGGCUGCAGGAUAGAACAGGAUAUGGAAUACUCGAACUGCUCGUGUGUACCAACCAAAGACAAUGGGACCAUGUCAAAUGUGGCACAGGGCUCAUGUGACUCCAACUGUCCACUCCUCUAUCCUUUCCUAGCACUAAUGUUGUUAGGUAUUUUCUUUACUGCGGCCGCGGAUGUACCGGCGGAACAGGCAGUUCUUAGAUCAAUUCAUGAAAAUCAUAAAUCCAUCAUGUGCGGAACCAAUCGAUUUUUCAUUCGACUUCUAGGGACCAUACCCGGCGGGGUGGUGUAAGGCAGGGCAACGGAUGCAAGCUGUCUCAUUUGGCGGACAGAAUGUGGAGAAAACACAUCAUGUUGGGUUUACGACGAUGACAUUAUACUUCGCAAUUACUUCCUCCUGUAUUUUAUAGGCAAACUAUUUUCAUUUGUGUUUU